CUUCAAGAACAGGAACCAUGGAAGCCAUGAGUACAUUUAUCCACAUUUAGACAACUUUAAUGGCGAAAAUAAACGCUUAAAAAUUUAACUUGAAUCUAAGCAGACAAAGCUUGUAGUGGUUGAAAUACUUGCGGAGUGAUCCAUUUGGUACUGAUAAUGUCUGCCUCAGCUGUCUUCGUUCUGGACUUGAAAGGAAAAGUGCUGAUAUGUCGGAACUACAAGGGCGACGUGGACAUGGCUGAGAUUGACCAUUUCCUGCCUUUACUCAUGACACAGGAAGAGGAGGGGCUUACUUGUCCAAUCAUGUCGCACGGCAACGUUCACUUCCUGUGGAUCAAGCACACCAACCUGUACUUGGUGGCCACUACCAACAAGAACUCCAAUGCCUCUCUGGUCUACGCCUUCCUCUAUAAAGUGGUUGAGGUGUUCACAGAGUACUUUACAGAGUUGGAGGAGGAGAGCAUACAGGACAACUUUGUAGUGGUUUAUGAGCUACUGGAUGAGCUCAUGGACUUUGGCUUCCCCCAGACCACCGACAGCAAGAUCCUGCAGGAGUACAUCACCCAGGAGGGCACCAAGCUGGAGGUGGCUAAGACCAAGGUUCCCACCACCGUCACCAACGCCGUGUCCUGGAGGUCAGAGGGCAUCAAGUACAAGAAGAACGAGGUCUUCAUCGAUGUCAUCGAGUCCAUCAACUUACUGGUGAAUGCCAAUGGCAGUGUGAUGAGCAGUGACAUCGUGGGCACCGUCAAGCUGAAGACCAUGCUGUCUGGCAUGCCUGAGCUGAGACUGGGACUCAAUGACCGGGCACUGUUCGCCCUCACUGGCCGAGACAAGGGGAAGACUGUAACAAUGGAGGACGUUAAGUUUCACCAGUGUGUUCGUCUGUCCCGUUUCGAGAGUGACCGCACCAUCUCCUUCAUCCCUCCUGAUGGAGAGUCUGAACUCAUGUCCUACCGCAUCAACACUCACGUGAAGCCUCUGAUAUGGAUUGAGUCUGUCAUCGAGAAGUUCUCUCACAGUCGAGUGGAGAUCAUGGUUAAGGCUAAAGGUCAGUUCAAGAAGCAGUCAGUAGCCAACAAUGUGGAGGUGCGGGUGCCCGUCCCCAGUGACGCUGACUCUCCCAAGUUUAAGACCAGUACGGGCCACGCUAAAUACGUCCCUGAGAAGAACCUGGCUGUGUGGACCAUCAAGUCCUUCCCUGGCGGUAAGGAGUUUCUGAUGCGGGCCAGCUUUGGCCUGCCCAGUGUGGAGAAUGAUGAGAUGGAGGGCAAACCUCCCAUCACUGUCAACUUUGAGAUUCCAUACUUCACAGUGUCAGGGAUACAGGUGCGGUACAUGAAAAUUAUAGAGAAGAGUGGUUACCAGGCCUUGCCCUGGGUCAGAUACAUCACACAGAGUGGAGAUUACCAACUACGGAGUAACUUCUAAACCAGGGGUGGCUAGCUUCUUCCUUUGCUUCCAGAGAUCAUAGCUCAAGGAUCAAUUUAAUUGCACACACAAAAAAAGGAAAAUGUCUUUGAAUUUCACUGAAAUGCUCUGCUUAAUAAUGUUACUGUAUAAGAUUGUUUGUGAUUUGUACUUUUAUUUCAUGCAAUGUAAUUUGAGAUUUAACUUGAGAUUUUAAUUGCUUUACUCAUUGUUUAAAAAUAAUGUUGAUAUUAAAUUAUAGCCUUUAAAUACA